AGGGGCGCGCGUCCCUGCGCCGUGGCCGCUGCCAGGCGCCAGCGGCUGCUCGCCGAGGCGCACUCGCGCUCCGGGCUCCGGACGCGCUGGUCCGCUCCACUCCGCAGCCCUGACCGCCCUGCGUCCCCGUCUUCCCGCGUCUCUGCCGGGGGCCAUGGGCCGGCGCCGCGAGCGCCAUCGCCGACCGCAGGCACCCGAACCCCGGGGCGGCCGCUGACGCGGGCGCCGCUGCCAACUUCGCACGGAGCUGCGGGCGGCGCGGGAGGCAUGAAGACGAGCCGCCGCGGCCGAGCGCUCCUGGCCGUGGCCUUGAACCUGCUGGCGCUGCUCUUCGCCACUACCGCCUUCCUCACCACGCACUGGUGCCAGGGCACGCAACGGGUGCCCAAGCCGGGCUGCGGCCAGGGCGGCGGCGCCAACUGCCCCAACUCGGGUGCCAACGCCACGGUCAACAGCACAGCUGCCCCCGCCGCUGCCGCGGUGAGCCCGGCCGGCGCGCCCUACAGCUGGGAGGCCGGCGACGAGCGCUUCCAGCUGCGCCGCUUCCACACCGGCAUCUGGUACUCGUGUGAGGAGCAGCUCGGUGGCCCCGGUGAGACAUGCCGCAGCUUCAUUGACCUGGCCCCAGCUUCAGAGAAAGGGGUGCUGUGGCUGUCGGUGGUCUCCGAGGUGCUCUACAUCCUUCUGCUGGUGGUCGGCUUCAGCCUCAUGUGUCUUGAGCUCCUCCACUCCAGCAGCGUCAUAGACGGACUCAAGCUCAACGCCUUCGCUGCCGUCUUCACGGUGCUCUCAGGUAAGGAGCGUGGAGAGCAGCAUCAGAGGUCAACCUCUCCUCUCCCCUGGCUCAGCAACAGGGGAUGCUGUGCUCCAGAGCCUGGGGACAUCCUCUGUGAGGAUGGAAGAGCACAGGCUGUUGCUUCUCCUCCGAGCCCAGACCUACCAUUUAUAAAUGUCCACAGCAUGCUGGGCACAACGUUCUUGCUUUAUAGUGACAAGCACACACACCUAGGGCCAGCCAUGUGGUGUUAGCAUGAGUGUGAGGUGCAGCUGGAAUGUGUGUUGGAUUUGGGCAUGAGACAGGGAGGUGAUAGGAAGGGGGGGUAUGGAGGGGGCUCUCACAGAGCUACGAAGAAGGAUCCCUUCUGACUGAUUUGCUGCUUAGUGGCGGAGCACUUGCUUAGCAUGCAUGAAGACCCAAGUUCCAUCCCUAGCCAUGGGGGCCAGGAAAAGAAGAAAGGUGGAAGGAAGGAGAGAGGGGGGCGGACAAAGGGGGAGUCCAUUGGAAAUGAGGACUUCCUCCCCCUUGAGCCUCCCCCUGUGGAGAUGGUGAGGAAGAAGCCUCCCCUGCCCCCAUAGGACUCAGAGAGAUGGAGAAGGCACACCAAGAAAAGACCCUUGGCCCCAGAUGCGUGGUGUCUCCAGAUCCAAGUCCCAGAGUGCAGAGCAGAGUGCUCUAGAAGAGUGCUGUCAUUGUCCCCGCGGCUGGCCAGCCAGGCCGGCUGGCCUCUGUGAGACAACUGUAAACUUAAAACGCCACGUGUAAAUCGAAUUUCUAUAAACCCGACAAUCCCAUUCUUCGUGCACUGGAAAAGCUGCCUUUGACAAGAGACGUAAUCGCCUCUAAUUGAGGUAUGUAUAGAAAGCAGAGGGAUUUCUCAAAGAACAGAGAGCCGAACUCAACAAGUUACAGCCUGUUCCCCAGAUCAAAUGCA